AUGGGUCCAUCCAAACCAAGGCCUCUGAUUGGACGAGCGGGCGCUUUCCCUUGUCUUCCCCAGGACUCGUCUCUCCCGGCAGGCAUUCUCAAUCCACCAUUUGCCAACGACGACAACGACGACGACGACGACGACGACGACACUACAUCAUCCCAACCACGACACACGAAAAGACGCGACUCCGAAUAUGUGAGCGAAGAACCGAGUUGGGUGCUCGGUCUGGGCAUCGAUCUCUAUCAGGGCCAGGGCUGUGCUGAUUCUAUGGCAAACAAAACCGAGGGGAUGUUUGUGGUGACCGACUUGGUAAACCAUUAUUCCGCAUUGUUCUGUAUUGUGCUGUCUUCGCCUUGCUCAGCCAUUGCCUUUUUCGACACCGAGGAUUCCCAAGUUGCUGAUGCUUUGAAUGCCCGGACCCCCAUCUUUUGGCCAAUGGAGUCGUGCCCCUGGUGUAAACACUAG